CCCCGGGGGCGGGACGGAGCGUCCGGCGAUGCCGGGCUGUUGGGAGGAGGAGUCCAUCGGGGUAAACACCGCCCCUGCUCCCGACUGACGUGCAUUGGAGAGUCGGACCCGCCCCCGGUCCAGGCGAGCGCUGGCAGAGCUCUGGUGUGGAGUAUGUCAUCGUGGGGAGUGCGGAUGCCGAGCAGAGCCUGCCGAAUGGCUCAGGGGUAGCGCAGGCUGUGGGCUCCGGCAGCGCCUCUCGCCCCCUCCCGAGUCGGGGACCGCUUCUCUCUCUCUCUCCCCCUCCCCGCCCUGCCGCCCGGAGAUGGUGCCCGAGAGCCGAGGCUCCUCUCCCCGGCCGCUGCUGCUUCUCCUCGCCGGCUGCCUGCACUCGCUGAGCGACUGCCUCUUUGUCACCGACUACUUCACCAGGACCCCCCGCAAGCUCAACGCCUUCACCUCCUUCACCAGCGCCGAGCUCUUCCAUUUCCACGUGCCCGAGGACACGGUGGUGGCCGUCUGGAACCUGAUCACCUUCAAGGAGCAAGGAGGCAGCUUUGGCGACUCCUGUCCGGAUCGAGACAUCACCGUAUACUUCAGGUCCGGAGCUCCGCCCGUUAUUAACCCUCUCCACACCCGCUUCCCGGCAGAUACCAUUGUGCCGGGAUCCUUCGCGGUGACUCUGACCUGGAAUUUACCAAACCGCACAACGGGUGUUUUUAACAUCACCAGCCCGCUCCCAGGAGACUGGUUCCUGGCCGCGCACCUACCGAAGGAUCGAGGGAAGAUAUCAGUCAAGGGCCUCUACGAAGAAUGCCAGUACCUCUUCCAACCCCAGCUCAUCGUCCAGAAACUGAUUGGGAUUCCGGUCCUAUACCCUGGAUACGUGAUGGAUCAGGUGAUCCCAGCCCACAACAGAUCAGCGCUCUACAAGGUUUUCAUUCCCAGCUACACGUCCUGGGUGACUGUCCGACUGUCAGAAUGCAGCAGCAGCAACAAGACGGUGCGGGGCUGCCCGGUGCUGCUGAAGGUCAGGGCCAAGGCCCCGCCCCUGCACAACACCAGCCACGUGGACUGCGGGCAGCUGCGCGUCUGCGAGCUGCGUCUCCUGGCCCCCUUCUGGCAGCAGUGGUACUACAUCCUGGUGGAGAGGUCUGUUCGCGGCCUCAACCUCCACUUCCAAGUCAGGGUGCACGUCACAGAAUGUUCCAAGCCCGCUGCUUCCAAGAGCAUCUCCGCGGCGAUCACCCCGACGCUGAACAUGCCGCAGUCGUUCGGCUCCCCGGGGAACCCCUCCAUCCUCGACAGCCUCCCCAUCGUUGGGUUCGCGCCCCCACAGCUGAACGAGUCGGGGACGGGCUCCUCGGAGGGCGAGGGUCAGCGGGCUGGCGUUGCCGCGGGAGACCGGUGCUGGCCCGUGCGGCCCACCCUCCGGAAUGAGCUGGACACUUUCUCCGUCCACUUCUACAUAUUCUUUGGGCCCAACAUUUCCGUCCCGCCUGACAAGCCAGCCGUGUUCGUCAUCAGUCUGAUGCCCGUCCUGGACAGUGGAGGGGUCCUCAACAUGGAGCUGAAGUUCAACACGUCCUCAGUGAAAGGGGAGAACGUGACUGUGAUUGGUUGCUUGAAUCACGGGAUGCCUCUGACAUCAUCGGACAACACCUCUACCAGCUGUGAAUCAGAAACAUCUGCAGGGUUUGCCCUGUUGGUCAACUCUACCUCAAAUGUAACCAGACUGCGCGUGCCCUACCCUCAGACGGGUAACUGGUACAUCACCCUUCGCUCCCUCUGUGCAGCUGGCCGUGGCAGGUACGAAGUGUGCGGCAACGUGACGGCCGAGGUUUACCUGAGGAUGUUCCUGACGCCGUGCAUCAACGAGUGCGGCACCUAUGGGCAGUGCAAGCUCCUGCGCACCAACAACUACCUGUACGCUGCCUGUGAGUGUAAAGCAGGCUGGAAUGGGUGGGGUUGCACUGACAACAUGGAGGCCUACUCCUACAGCUUCCAGCUGCUCUCUACCCUGCUCCUGUGCCUCAGCAACCUGAUGUUUGUGCCGCCGGUCGCGAUCGCCAUUCGCAGCAAGUACCUGCUGGAGGCAUCCGUCUACAUCUUCACCAUGUUCUUCUCCACGUUCUAUCAUGCCUGCGACCAGCCGGGCAUCGUCGUUUUCUGCAUCAUGGAGUACGACGUCCUGCAGUUCUGCGACUUCCUCGGCUCACUCAUGUCCGUCUGGGUGACUGUCAUCGCCAUGGCCAGGCUGCAGCCGGUCAUCAAGCAGAUCUUGUACCUACUGGGUGCCAUGUUGCUCUCGAUGGCCUUACAGCUGGACCGGCACGGAUUGUGGAACCUGUUGGGGCCGAGCCUCUUCGCUCUCGGGGUCAUGGCCAUUGCUUGGACGGUACGGGCUAUCCGCAGACGGCACUGUUACCCCCCCACCUGGAAACGCUGGGUCUUCUACCUCUUCCCUGGCACCGUCAUCGCCACCUCCGCCGUGGCGCUCUACGCCUUCGUGGAGACCGAGGGCAACUAUUUCUACAUCCACAGCAUCUGGCACAUGCUGAUCGCGGGCAGCGUGGGCUUCCUCCUGCCCCCUAGCCCCAGGCCCCAGCGAGGGACGGGGGCUGGAGGAGCCGUCCCCCUGCCCAGGAAGAGGGGCUGCGGCUACCGCCUGUGCGUCAACGAGCACGAGGAGAUGGGUCUGGUCGACCCGGGACUGGUGUCGGUCAACAGUAUCUGCAGCAGCUGAUGUUGCUCUACCAGCAGGCGAACGCUCUCUGUCACGGACUAGCGAAAGGGACUCUGCAGGAGCAGAGGAGGGGCAGGAGAAAGCGGGCAGGUGCUCUGUAAAUAACGCGAGCCCGGGGGAGGUGACACCACACAUCUUCACCCAGUCACAGUCGGCACCUCUUGGUCUUCCAGUUCACCCAUCCAAGGGGGACGUGUUCACGAACUCUCUGAGAAGGAGCUCCACUGUCUCAAUAAAGCAGUGUGCAGAUAAAAAUCAAAGCAAAAGGUGAAGAUCUUUGAAUUCACUUUUUUUUAAAGGCGCCAGACUUUCUUCAAAUGCUCUGCCAGCUGUAUAACUCCCAGUUACGUGGCAAACAACUGCAGAUGCUGUUAAUCUAAAAUAAAAACAAGAAAUUCUGGAAAUAUCCAGCUGGUCAGGCAGCAACUGUGGAGAGAGAAGCUGAGUUAAUGAUUCGGGUUGCUGACCUGGCGCUGUUUAAAGGUCAUCAGUCUGAAACUCUGUCUCCUUCUCCACAGAUGCAGCCUGACCAGCUGAGUAUCAGAAUCAGAUUUAUUAUCACUGACUUAUAUGACAUGAAAUUUGUUGUUUUGCAACAGCAGUACAGUGCAAAGACAUAAAAAUUGCUAUAAAUUACAAAAUAAAUAAAUAGUGCAGAAAAAAGUAGGAAUAACGAGGUAGUGUUCAUGGGUUCAUGGACCGUUCAGAAAUCUGAUGGUGGAGGGGAAGAAGCUGUUCCUGAAACAUAGAGUGUGGGUCUUCAGGCUCCUGUACCUCCUCCCCGAUGGUAGUAACGAGAAGAGAGCAUGUCCCGGGUGGUGAGGGUCCUUAUUGAUGGAUGCCACCUUCUUGAGGCACCGCCUCUUGAAGAUGUCCUCGAUGGUGGGGAGGGUUGUGCCUGUGAUGGAGCUGGUUGAGUCUACAACCCUCUGCAGCCUCUUGCGAUCCUGCACACUGAAGCCUCCAUACCAGGCGGUGAUGCAACCACUCAGAAUGCUCUCCACCGUACAUCUAUAGAAUUUCCAGCAGUUCCUGUUCUUGUCCUGGCUGAUAGAUCCUUUCUCACCCCUCCCCCUCUCCACCUUAUACCGGCCAUCUCCCUUCUCCAAUCCCAGUCCUGAUGCAGGGUUUCGACCUGAAACAUCGACAAUUCCUUUCCUCGGACAGGUGCUGCUCGACCCGUUGAGUUCUUCCAGCAGACUGUUUAUUGAUAGAUCCUCCUACAAUCUCCUAGCAGUGCUAUGAUGUCCACAUCACACAAGGCUGGGUCUUCUACCUGGGGAACAGAGGGAUGACAGUUCAUUGAGAUCAUAAAGAGGUGGGGGGUUGAAAUUAAUGGCCAUUAAUUGCAAUCAGGAGCUCUGGAGAACCAUUCUGUGUACGAGUGGGUAGAAUAUACCACCACAGGGAGAAGUUGGGAUGGGGACAGGCAAGGGAAAGUCCGACAAACACAUGGA